GUUCAUUCAAACAGGUGCAAUUAUUGUCUACGGAGUUGAAAAUUGUAAGAAAAAAAAAACACUUUACAGUUCAGAAUAUUUAAACCUUAGCUUGAAGAAUUGUGAACCGGGAAAACCGUGAUAUGGAGAUCGUGUCAAUUAGCGGCCGUCGGUUUUUGUUUUUCAGUUUUGUUUAUUUUCGUUUCAAGAGCGCUGCUCUAGUAGACGGCCCGAAAAAUGCUAGCUAUGCGUCGUGAAAGUGAUCAAAUCUACAACGGCAGUACCUCAAAUGCGAUCAAUCAUCACCACCUCCAUAGCGGUGGCAGUAGUAGUAGCGGUAGUAGUAGCUACGGCCAACACUCGGUUCCGUCCCACGCCGUCGGAAGUGCCGGUGGUCAUUCUACCAACAGUGCCCUGUCGACUCAUUUGAACCAAGCCAACAAUAGCAACACCAGUAGUAGUGCUAGUGUAGUAGUAAGUAGUGCUUCGAGUGCCGUUAAUAACAGUGUAAACUCCAGUGAAUCAAACGCGAGUUCUAUCGCAAUUAAUGGUAGUGCUUCGGUGGUGUCAGCGACACCGUAUCACCAUCAGUACCAUCAGCAACAACAACAGCAGCAGCAGCAUCAUCAAGCAACUCAACACCACCUUCAGCAUCAUCAUCAUCACCAUCAUCAUCCUGGUGUUGUUCACAACUAUAACGGCCUAGGCGGCGGAACCGCCUACGGAAGCUACGCCGGCUACGGAGCAGGAAUAAACAACCGCUCCAUCGCCAGUGCCAGUCUCGAAGAGUACGUCGACAUCCUUCAGGUCCAGCAGCUUCUGCUGGAAAAUUCUUCCAAUCCGUCAUCAUCGGCUGCACCGGCCGGCAACCCGGCCCUUUCCACCAUUAGCAGCAACAACCACACCGGUACCUCCACUUCCUCCUCCUCCUCUGGUUCCACAUCCUGUUCCACCACCACCACCCCGUCCACAUCCAUAUCGGCCAUCAUCGGUGGCAGUUCCACAUCCACCAUCAACUCUUCGUCCACCACCUCCCUGUUCAACGGAUCGUCGUCUUCGUCCAAAAACCGACCCAAAGUGAACCUGCAGAAAGCUUCCGAGUACUCCGCGGCAGCUGCAGCGAAUCAGCAUCAAGGCGAAUCACCGUCCAAGCGACUGCUUUUCGAUUAUCCGAGUCCAUAUUUGUAUGGUAAUUAUCAUCCGUCGCCGAGUGACGAUCUGGUCGCUUUAUGGUUUGGAAGUAACGGAACAGGUGGCGUUGCCCCUGGACCACCAGCAGCUGCCAUGAUCAUGGAAGGGCUUGAAACCUUGGUUGCGCCACCGCAUCACACAUUCCUCCUGACCGAAUCAGCGGCUGCGGCGCACUUCAACGUGCUCAGCUUCGACACCUGCGGACUGUUCAAGACAGCCGCCACGACGACAUCGUUGGGCCUCAACAACAACAACUCGACGACGCCCAACAACAACCAUCACCAUCUGUACCACCCAUAUCAUCACACGGCCGCCACUCAUCACUCGCAGACGGCCACUCAUCAUCACAGCCACCACCCAUCAACGGCUCAAACGUCCACCACAGCGAGCUCGACGUCGACAGCGUCCUCCUCGGCGACCUCGUCAUCCUCCAUCACAACUCACACGACCUCCACCUCUACAUCCGUCACAAACCCCAGUAACUCCCAUCACCCGCACCUGAGCCUCCUGAGCACCACCUCCGCGAGUGGUCACCACUCCUCGGACUCGAACCUGCACCAGUCGUCCGAAGACCAGUCCCAAUCGCAGGGUGACACCCAGACCGGCGAUCUCAACACCCCCGUCACAACCUCCGGCGACAUCCCGUCCUUUUUCGGACCCUCAACCGUCGUCGAACCACCACCCAUCACAGGAUCGAUCGAGUCGGACGAUCUCUCGCUGGAACCACAAACCGUGUCCAGCCCGUGUGCAAGCCUGUGCAGCCCGACCAAGCAGGAACGCAGCACACCGCAGUCCGUGGUCAUCGAAGAAGAGGCUAGCAACACCAGCAGCAACGCAAUGUAUCCCUCGUCUGCGUCGCAUCACCCCACGGCGACCCAAUCGUCGUCACAUCACAGCAACAGUGCCAGCCAAGAGAUGCAUCACGAUCAAUCUACCGAGCAUGAAGACAGCAAGAUCUCCUAUCGGGGAAUCUUCACCACAACGGCCGGUCCCGGUAUGGGGCUUCAAACGGCAACUGGAUCCCAACUGUCGAUCAUGUCCGGUCAAAUGUCUCCGACGUCCGGCCUGAGCGGUUGGGGCCUCCCCAGCCCGGACAAGAGCCUAUUUCAGCCUCCCAUGUUCGGCCUUCUUGGCCCUGGCCCUCAAAGCUCUGCUCAAGCUCACUUUGCCGUAGCGCAACAGUCCGCUGCUCAAACUCCGUCUCCGGCGGGACACCAUCAGCACCCCUCCCACCACUACAGCACCGACGAACGAAGUCAUCAAUCGGUAGAACUCCUCGGCCUCAACAUGGACUGUCCCAGUAUCAUCCUUAAGCAACCACCCAGUUAUGCCAGUUGCGUCUCUUCGCUAGACAUGCAACAACAACAGCAAGCCCAAGAGAUGCAUCAGUACUCCCGCAGCCAAGCCUUGGGCAUGGGUCAAACCCCCAAAUACCAAUGGCUCGACUCACCCGUAGAAUACGGCAGUCCCCAGCACAACGUAGUCAUCCCCGGCCCCUCAUCGUCUUCCUCGACCGGCAUUAUCCCCAAACAGGAGCCCUUCAGCUCCCAGCUGCCGUACGUGAGCCAGCUCAGUCAACUAUCUCCACAACAGCAAGCUCAAUACGCAGUACAACUGGCCGAGUACAACCCGUCCACCAGCAAAGGACACGAAAUCCUCAACCAAGUGUACCAGCAGUGUCCCAUGCCAUUGAAGCUAGUCCCAGUAAAACCUCGAAAAUACCCCAACCGCCCCAGCAAGACCCCCGUUCACGAGCGACCCUACGCCUGCCCGGUCGAAAACUGCGAUCGACGAUUCUCCCGGUCGGACGAGCUCACCAGACAUAUCAGAAUACACACCGGCCAGAAGCCCUUCCAGUGCCGCAUCUGCAUGCGUUCCUUCAGCCGAUCGGAUCACCUAACAACCCACAUCCGGACCCACACCGGCGAGAAACCCUUCUCCUGCGACAUCUGCGGCCGCAAAUUUGCCCGGUCCGACGAAAAGAAGCGUCACGCCAAGGUUCACCUCAAGCAGCGGAUAAAGAAGGAAAAGAACAGCCACGGCAGCAGCAGUAGCAGUAGUGCAAACAACACUAGCAGUAGCAGUAGUCAUCAUCAGCACCAUCAGCAACAGCAACAGCAGCAGCAUCAUCACCUGGCAGCAGCCCAGCAGCAGCAUCACCACCACCAUCACCCGGCCAGUCUCCACCCGCACCAUCUCCUGCACGAAGACAUCAACGGUAUUCCCAUCGUGUCCUCCUCCAGUGCGACCAGCUUGUAGACCGAACUUUCGUCGAUAGACGUUAUGCGUUUGAAUGAUCCCCAGAUUGAGCUAGUUCACGACGAUCCGUUCAUGGGUUACAUCGAAUCGGCUCCGGCGCAGACUGACGCCGGCACGGCGGCUUCCAUCCGCCGCCGUGCUCCGCUGGAUUCGAUUGCCGACGGCGACGACACUCCCCCGGCCGCGGACGACGAUGUCGACGAAGACGUCGACGUAGGCGACGAAAGCAGUCGACAUGCACCGCCGCCACCACCGCCGCCCGGAUCACCACGCGCUGACAGAGCCGCAGCGACCGCUAGCACCACCACCACCGGCAGCACCAGCACCGAUCAGUCGAUAGUGAUUGUUCUUUUGGUUGAGUAAGUAGGAACGGGGCGUAUUCGGUAUAAAUACACACAUACUUAAUCAUCGUUGUACUAUUUCCGCCUCCGCCGCCCACCUCCGAAAGGUGCCAAAGUAGCUCCCGAUCACAAUCAAAAUGCCCGAUCAGUGUGAACCCGAAGUCAUACAAAGAAAACAAAAAAAAAACAUUCGCACAAACAAGCAUACAAACAAACAGACACACACACAGAAAGAGGCACAGUUAUUAUAUCAUUCAAUGCGCAAAAUGUCACUCGACGAGGGUAGUGCUAACAGCAGAGUGAACAAAAUCAAGGCAAACAUACACAUUGCGACGGAAUAAAAAAAACAACAGUGCUUCAUGCGGGCAAACACACGAACUUUGUUGGUAAACAAUAAUAGUAAACAACAGCUUCAGACGGAACCUUUUAGCUGCUUGAGAGACUAAUGUCGUUUUCGUUUAUUCAUGGAGCGAACCUAGUUUCGCUCUGGAUCCGCCCUAACUGCUGUCAAAACGUUCGUUUAUUCGAUCGAGUCGGAUCCGGAUCCGCCCCAGAUCCGACCCAAACAUGGCGAGGUUCGCUCUGCCGAUUUUUUCCGAUCCAACCCGAACGAGGUUCAUCUGUCAAAAUGGAUGUAAACAAUCCAUCAAAACAAAACCAGAAAAUAAAAAUUCUUAACUAUUCAAGCAUAUUAGAGAUGAAGGACUCGCUUGAAUGUGAUUUGCAUUUAUCAAUAAAUGAACCAACUAUCACUUCCACGUGAGUUUAAAUUCUAAAAGGAAGAAUUUAACGAAAAUGUGCAACUGACAGUUCGAUUGAUUUGCACAAUGUUUACAUGUUGACUCGAUUUUGGUUGGAUCCGGAUCCGUUUUCGUUCGGUUAUUGCGAGUCAGGGUCAGCUCUGACCCAGGUUUAAAACCGAAAACGACAUAAAAUAUGUUCACGAGCAGCCUACCGUACACAGAUCGAAAAAAGAGUGUAAAAUUCUGUGACAUAUGAUGCACAUGAUUGGAGCGUGGGAUAUCACAGAAGUUUACAUGAUAUAUCAUGUAAAAUUCAUAGAAUAUAAUGUAAACUUACAUUAUAUGUCAUGUAAUUCAGCAUGACUCUGUGUGUUUACAUGACAUAUAACACAAAUUUACAUGAUAUAUCAUGUAAAUCAUCAUAACACUAAGUUUACAUGACUAAACUGAAGCUAACAUGACGUGUAAAUCUCAUUAUUUUUAUCUGUGUAGUUUUUAAACUUUCAUUAAGUAUCUUAAGCAGCUUUAAUGCUGCCUAAGAGACUCACUCUGAACUUGAUUGAAACUUCGCACAGAAGCUUCAGUAAGGCUCAUUAUUAGCUCAUAUUGUUGAAUUCAAUCCAAUGUUUAGUGCAAAAGGGCUCUUCGUUUCAGCACAACGCCGGAAUUUCAAUGAACUGCACAGCUGGUUAAACCAAACUUGAAUCAAUUUUAUGAUAGCCUGUUACCACCGGCCUCCAUUUUUUCUGAAGUUCAAUAUUACGGUCUUGCUUUACUUCAUUUACUGGCUCAAGCACACUCAGGCAUGACGGAGCCGGUAUAUAUUGAAUUGUACUAAAAUGAUCAACUAUUUCAGACGCACAAAAAGUUCAUGUGUUUGCUCCAGAAGACACUGAAAAUAAACAAAACAUAUUCAGUGCAAACUAGUUAAUGUUUUCAAGUUUUUCCAGUAUGCACAAAUCAUUCUUUGGUACACUUUCAAACUUAAAUCAAAUCGAUCAAUAUGCUUGGAUGUUUGAUGUCCCACAACAUUUUUUAGAAUGAAUAUCGAACGCAUUCAAAUCAUCUUCUCAUAUCAAAACCCCUAAAAAACCGAACCUUUAGAUGUUCCGUGUACCAAACUGCACCAGAAAUUUUCAAUCAACCACCACCAUUAUUGUAUGUGUAAGUCCUUUGAUUUAGCUUCACUAGCACUUCCAACACACGCACACACCCACACCCGGCAAACAUCCGUCGAUGUAUUCUCCGUGUACGGGCACAAUCAAACCCGCGCACAUCUCUCGAGAGUCAAAACAAACCGAUUUUCAUAUGAAAAUGAUAAGAAAAUACAUAAAAAUUGUUCUUUACUACAAUUUUAUCUCUAAACACUGUGAUCUCAAUUUAUAAUGUAAAAGAGAACGAAAAAUAGACUUUUAAUAAGGGAAAUUAUUAGUACUGUAAAAAAGGGAAGAAAAACGAUGAAUUUAAACGGUUAGAAGCGAAGCGCACGCAAAAGUUCUAUUUAUAAUCGAGCAAGGUAGAGCCGUACUGGCGUUUUGACAGCAGGAAAAAACCGGAAGAAGCGCGCAAAAACAUACUGUCCGUACUAAAUCUGCGAUGACGCGUUACAAAAAUACGAAAAACUUUGAACUUAAAUUAAGUGAAAAUUAUUUUGUGAUUUCUCUUCCUAGACGAUGCACACAAGUGUAAUGCAAACACACAAAGUUGCUGCUACGUAUCACUCACACGAAAAAGAAGGAACAGAGAAAGUAGGAAACUUCUUAUAAAGAAAACAAAUUGUACUAAAACUGUACUAAAACGGAAUACUAUAAAAACGAUAAUGCUGUAGUUAGUGGAUUUUUCUAAAACAAAUAAAAAAAUAUUUAUAAUAUGUUACUGACACCCAUAACAUUGAACAUAAAUACACACACAUGCAAACGCGAGAAGACGCGCAAUACGAAAGUGACAAUCGACAGAAGAAACAGAGAAAAAUACAUACAUGGUUGUCCUUUUGGCCUCGAUUCGUUUCGCCAGUUUCCUAGAAGCUUUUGUUUUUAAGGUACUUUAUUUUCGCCGUGUACAAAUCUGAGCUGAGCGAAUCGCUCCACAUACACAUACAUGCAUACGUUACACACAGACAUACACACACAUGAAUGCGCUGCCAUAUUAAGAUAUUCGAAAGCGAUUCAUUUGCUAGCCAAAAUUGUAAACAAAAAAUGUGAAGCAUUUCGUUGCCAUCCGGUGCAUUAUUAAGUUUAGAAAUUUAGUAAACGCGAUCAUGUACAUUUCACAAACGAGGAUAGAGCUCCCCUAGGUUCUGCCAGUGCCAUUAGCAAAUUCUCCCGCAAUUGAGAGUAGAUUGUGUAUUAUUUUUUACAAGUAAAUCUAAACCUCCUUUAUAUUUUCAUUUGUUAAGCUUGCCAUACAUUACAAAAAUGAGAUUCCACCGAAUUGGUUAGGACACGAGCCCUCCUUCCUCAGACUGCUGCAGGUGGGGAGGGCAAACAUUAAGAUUCUGUGCUAGUCCGAGUGCUUUUAGGUUAUAAGUCAUCCCCAUCAUCGCCGUUCAGAAUCGCUACGAUAGCCACACUAUGCAAAAAAAACAAACAAUAGAGCUGCAAUAGCUUCCACCAUCGAUACGAAACAGAAAGUCACCACUACAAGCGAGAAAAGGAAAUUUUGUUUUAGGAAACGAACUUUUCACACCACUAAUUUUCGAACAAAAAUAACACAGUAAGGAACGAAAAGGCUUUAAUUAAUUAACAAUAGUUGUUAAGCAAAUGUUGGAAGUUUCGACGGAAAUGGAAGAAAAAGUUAUUAAAAAUUAAUGGUUUUACCAAAUAACACGCAAUUUUUGUUAUUUUUAUUGAAUAUCUUUUUGUUCCGAAUUAUUUUAUCCUCUCUUGCCCUGAAGCUGUUUCAGAUGUUCUGAUUUUUUUCGAUGCUGUAUUUAUUCUUUUAACUCUUAAUUGUAGUACAUAACUUGAUACCUAUAAGGAACGAUUUUUCAAUAAAAAACGAGAAUAAAGCAUACAUUCCACAAACAUUC